AUGGAAUCGAAGGACACGGAUGCAUUGGCGUUCCGCGCCAAACCGCCCUGUCCGGGAGAUGAGAUCGUAAUCUCCGGUAUUGCCGGCCGAUUCCCCAACUCGAACAGUGUGAAGGAGUACGGAUACAAUCUGUUCAACAAGAUCGACAUGGUGGACGAUCUGGAGACUCGCUGGCGGCACAGUAACGUUGAAAUUCCACGCCGUAUGGGCAAGGUGAACAAUCUCGAGAAGUUUGAUGCUACGUUCUUCGGUGUGCACUUUAAACAGGCUCAUACGAUGGAUCCGCAGUGUCGUAUUCUCGUGGAGCAUGCGUACGAAGCGGCCAUCGAUGCGGGCGUUAAUCCCAAGUCUCUGCGCGGUUCCCGGACCGGUGUAUUUGUUGGCGCUUGCUUUGCCGAGUCGGAAAAAACCUGGUUCUACGAGAAGAUCUCGUCCGGUGGAUUCGGUAUUACGGGCUGUUCCCGUGCCAUGAUGGCUAACCGUAUCUCGUACACGAUGGGUCUGAAUGGACCCUCGUUUCUGUUGGAUACUGCCUGCAGCAGCUCGAUGUACGCACUCGACUGUGCCUUCAAUGCUAUUCGAAACGGUGAGUGCGAUGCAGCGAUCGUCGGCGGUUCAAACUUGCUGCUGCAUCCGUACGUAACGUUGCAGUUCGCUCGUCUCGGUGUGCUGGCGGCUGAUGGGUACUGUCGUCCGUUCGAUAAGGAUGCUUCGGGAUACACACGUUCCGAAGCCGUCUGUGUGAUGUAUCUGCAGAAGGCGAAAGAUGCGAAGCGUGUGUACGCGAACGUUGUCUACUCAAAAACGAACUGCGAUGGGUUUAAGGAGGAAGGUAUUACCUAUCCGUCCGGUGUGAUGCAACGUAAGCUGCUGUCCGAGUUUUACAACGAGAUCCAGCUCGAUCCCUCAACGGUGGAUUACGUGGAGGCGCAUAGUACCGGUACAGUCGUCGGUGAUCCGGAGGAAUGUGCUGGGUUGGAUAAGAUUUUCUGCAGUGGCCGUAAGAAGCCGCUACCGGUGGGAUCCGUCAAAUCCAACAUUGGUCACUCAGAAUCUAGCUCGGGUAUUUGUUCGGUCAUCAAAUGUAUUCUGGCGCUGGAGACACGGCUCAUCCCGCCGAACAUUAACUUCCGUGAGAUCCGCCGCGAUAUUCCAUCGUUGGUGGAGGGCCGUUUGAAGGUGGUGGCCGAAACGUUGCCACUCGAUGGACCACUGAUCGCAGUGAACUCGUUCGGGUUCGGUGGUGCCAAUGCACACGCAUUGCUGUACGGUAACACCAAGGAGAAGGUUAACCAUGGGCUUCCGACGGAUAAUCUGCCCCGAUUGAUCACGUGGUCGGGUCGUACGGAGGAGGCGAUCGACGCAGUACUGACGGACAUGAGCAACAGGCAUCUGGACGCGGAAUACGUUGCACUGUUGCACAACGUCCAGAGUGAAUCCAUCCCGGGCAAUGUGUUCCGUGGGUAUGGGCUGUACGCGAAGGACGGUACCGAAAAUGCGAUCUGCUUAGGGCGCGAUACGCAGCACUACACCGGCUUGAAGCGACCGCUAGUUUGGGUGUUCAGCGGUAUGGGCUCACAGUGGAGCGAAAUGGGCACCUCACUGAUGGAAAUACCGAUCUUCCGUCAGGCGAUCGAACACUGCCAUCGGGUGCUGGAAAAGCGUGGCCUUAAUCUGAUCGAAAUUCUCACGUCCAAGAGCUGCAAGUACGACAACAUUCUGCACUCGUUCGUGGGCAUUGCCGCCGUUCAGAUCGGUAUCGUCGAUGUGUUGCGAUCGCUCGAUCUCGAACCCGACUUUGUGAUUGGACAUUCGGUAGGCGAGCUCGGAUGUGCUUACGCCGAUCGGUGCUUCACUGCGGAGCAAAUGAUCCUGUCCGCAUACUCCCGCGGUAUGGCUAGUUUGGAAACGAAAACCGUGUUCGGUUCAAUGGCAGCCGUCGGUCUCGGGUUCCGUAAAAUACGUACAAUGCUACCACCCGGUAUUGAGGUAGCGUGUCACAACGGACCGGAUUCGUGUACGAUUUCGGGACCGAAAGAAAAUGUCGAAUCGUUCGUCGCGCAGCUAACCGAGAAGGGUAUCUUUGCCAAGGAGGUCCCCUGUUCGAACAUUCCCUAUCACAGCAAGUACAUUGCGGAGAUGGGCCCGAGACUAUUGGCCCGACUCAACGAAGUUAUUCCCGAGCCAAAGAAACGAUCGCCCAAGUGGUUGAGCUCGUCGGUGCCAAAAAUUCGGUGGGAUCAGACCGAAAGUCAGUUCUCGUCGGCACACUACCACACAAACAACCUACUCAGCCCGGUACUGUUCGAGGAAACGUCCGCACUGCUGCCGAACAAUGCGCUAACGAUCGAGAUCGCUCCGCACGGUUUGUUGCAGGCUAUCCUGAAAAAAUCCAUGCCAAAUGCUAUCCACAUCGGGUUAACCAAGCGUGGCAACAAGGACAACGUACAGUAUAUGUUUAAUGCGCUUGGAAAACUCUACAUCAACGGGUUAGAUAUUCCGGCGGCCCGACUCUACCCAGCGGUGGAGUUCCCGGUUUCACGUGGUACACCGAUGAUUUCACACCUUAUCCGAUGGGAUCAUUCGGAAGAUUGGUUUGUGACCAAGUUCGAAAUGCAAAAGUCCACCAAGAGUGGUGAACGUCGGGUUAAGAUUAAGCUGAACGAUGAGGAUUAUAGCUACAUCUCCGGCCACGUGAUCGAUGGACGUGUACUUUUUCCGGCAACGGCUUACCUGCACCUGGCCUGGGAAACGUUGGCAAUGGUCAAGGGUCCCAUGUACUUCGAUCUGGAGGUAGAGUUUGAGGACGUAAAGUUCCUGCGCGCUACCUCCAUUACGAAAGAUCAGGAGAUCGAGUUUACGGUGAUGCUACAGCCAGGUACGGGCCGGUUCGAAAUUACCGAAGGUACGGCAGCCGUCGUAACCGGGUAUGUGCGACACGUAGAAAAUAUAACGCUGUCCGAAAUUCCGGACCCGCCAGCAAACGAUAUGCCCGUGUUGGCAACGAGAGAUUUCUACAAGGAGUUGCGCUUGCGAGGAUACCAUUAUAGUGGCGCGUUCCGGUCGGUGCUCGAGGCACGAUCGGACAGUGCUGUCGGAAAGAUUAACUGGGAGCUUAACUGGGUAUCUUUCCUCGAUUGUUUGCUGCAGUGUUGCAUUAUCGGUAAGGAUACGCGCACCCUGAUGAUUCCGACGUGCAUCGAACGAAUGCGGAUCGAUCCGCGCAUGCAUCUGGCGAUCGCAAACACGAUGGAGGAAGGUAGUCAGGUGUUUGAGUUCAAGAACUCGCGCGUGCUCAACACAAUACGUUGCGGUGGUAUCGAGAUCGUCGGACUGCAGGCUAGCACGGUUGCGCGCCGUAAGCCACCGGGUAUUCCGGUGCUGGAGUCCUACCAGUUCGUCUCCCAUCUACCCGCACCGACACUCUCGAAGGCCGACGCCAUUCGUGUAUGUGUGCAGCUCGCGCUGGAAAACAUUCCUGUGCCGAAGGUAAAGGUGGUCGAAGUGGACUUUGGCGAGAGCGUUCCAAUUACACCCCUGUUUGCCGAUGCUCUGGGCGAUUUACCGCUCGUAACGGCGGACUUGAUGUUCCUGAGCAAACAGCAGCUAUCUUUGGGUGGUGUACACGUCGAGGACGGAAAACUGUCCACGCAAACCAACUCCCUGUUCCUCAUUUCGACCAACUGUCUUGGGCGGCCAGAAUUUGUAGAGGAGUCGGUCGGCAGCUUGCACGAGAGUGGUUACGUGUUGAGUCGAGAGGCAGCCAACUUGGUUGUGGAUAGCAUUGUACCACCGGCUGGAUUCCAGCUGCUAGCCGUCUUCCCCGUUCCUGAGCACGAAACACUUGUCCUCCUGCAGCGCAUCAAGCGCAAGUUCAUGGCCGUACCAACGAUUGUGCGAAUUCCGCCGAUGGACGAGCAAUACGAGUGGAUCGCGACGCUAAAAGAAGCGAUCAAAUCGGGCCCGGUGAUUGCCGUUUCGCAGGGUGAUGUCCAUUCUGGCAUCGUGGGACUGAUCAACUGUAUUCGCAAGGAACCGGACGGUGGUAUGGUGAGCUGUGUGUUUGUGGACGAUCCGAACGCACCGCCGUUCGAUUUGGACAAUUCUGUGUUCAAGAGCCAGCUCAAGCUUGGACUUGCCAUCAACGUGUAUCGCAAGGGAUGCUGGGGAAGCUUCCGGCAUCUGCAACUUAUUCAAGAAAUUGAAUCAAAACCGCGACGCAACCAUUGCUAUGCUAACGCACUCGUCAAAGGUGAUCUGUCCUCGAUGACUUGGCUCAGUGGACCGUUCAAUCACGGUCGUCCGAAGGGCGAGCUGGUGAAGGUAAUGUACAGUUCGCUCAACUUCCGCGACGUUAUGUUUGCCACCGGAAAGCUUUCGUCUGACUUUGCGAAUCUGUCGCGUGUGGAGCAGCAGUGCGAGUUGGGCUUUGAGUACUCCGGUAUCGGAGAAUCGGGACGCCGGAUCAUGGGCAUGGUAACAACCGGUGCAAUGGCUACACAUGUGGCGUGCGAUGACACACUUACAUGGACCGUACCGGAAAAGUGGACACUCGAAGAAGCCGCUACUGUACCGGUCGUGUACGUCACGGUGUACUGUGCCCUGUUCAUUAACGCACACAUUCAAAAGGGUCAAUCAAUUCUGAUUCACGCUGGUAGUGGUGGCAUUGGUUUGGCGGCUAUCCGUGUCUGUCUCGCCUAUGGACUGGAAGUGUUCACCACCGUCGGUACGGAUGCGAAGAGGGAAUUUCUACUCCAAACAUUCCCCCAGCUUAAGGCGGAUAACAUCGGUAACUCUCGCGAUACGUCGUUCGAGCGGAUGAUUAUGCUGCGUACGAACGGCCAGGGUGUGGACUACGUGCUGAACUCGCUGGCGGACGAUAAACUACAGGCAUCGGUUCGCUGUCUCGGCAAGUACGGUAAAUUCUUGGAGAUUGGCAAGUACGACAUGGCGAACGAUUCGAAGCUAGGUUUGAACCGUUUCCUGCGGGCGCUUUCCUUCACGGCUGUGUUGGUGGACUUUUUGUUUACGGCACCGCAGGAGGAGAAGAUGGUUCUCCGCAAUAUGCUCGACAAGGACAUUAAGAGUGGCGUGAUCGUUCCACUGAAGACAAACGUAUUUGCUGCCGGUGACAUUGAGCAAGCGUUCCGAUACUUGGCCAGUGGUAAGCACGUGGGCAAGGUGUUGCUGAAGGUGCGCGAGUCACCAAGCGAUGAGGAUUCGCUUCCGAUUAGCUAUCUGCCGCGAGUCUACUGCAAUCCCGAUCGAUCGUACCUGAUCGCCGGAGGACUGGGAGGAUUCGGACUCGAACUGGCCGAUUGGUUGGUGCUUCGCGGAUGUCGCAAAGUGUUGAUCAGCUCCAGUCGUGGCCUUUCCAAGCCUUACCAGCUCUAUCGCAUUAAGAUCUGGGAAACAUACGGUGUGAAGGUAGUGAUUAGCACAGACGAUAUUGCGACACGCGCCGGUUGCGAGGCAUUAAUCAACACCGCCAACAAACUCGGACCGGUAGGCGGUAUCUUUAAUCUGGCUGUUCAGCUUCGAGAUGGCAUCUUUGAGAACCAGUCCGUGGAACGGUUCCGUGAGUGUAUGGCCCCGAAAGCCAUCGCUACGCAGUAUCUUGACGAAGUGAGCCGUAGAGCCUGUCCCCAGUUGGAGUAUUUCGUCAUAUUCUCCAGCGUGUCUUGCGGACGAGGCAAUGCCGGUCAGAGUAACUACGGCAUGGCUAACUCGGUGAUGGAGCGCAUCAUCGAGCGUCGCUGGGCCGACGGAUUGCCCGCGAAGGCCGUACAGUGGGGUGCCGUGGGAGAGGUAGGCCUCGUUGCCGAUAUGCAGGAAGACAAGCUGGACAUGGAAAUCGGUGGAACGCUGCAGCAACGUAUCAGCUCCUGUCUGCAGGAGCUGGAUCCACUCCUAACGACACCGGAACCGAUCGUAGCCAGCAUGGUUGUGGCGGAAAAGCGUGUCCGCACCAGUGGCAAGGAGAACAUUAUCGAGUCAGUGAUGAACAUUAUGAGCAUUCGUGACAUCAAAUCGAUCUCGAUGGACACGACCCUGUCGGAGCUCGGUAUGGAUUCGUUGAUGGCGGUCGAAAUUAAACAGACGCUUGAGCGCGAGUACGAACUGUUCCUGACCCCGCAGGAUCUGCGCUCGCUCACCUUCAUGAAGCUACAGGAGCUGACGGAAGCGAAGGCUGCCGCGGAUGAGAACGUGAAACUGAAGCUUGCCAACGAAAAGACACCAACCGGUGUGGCGAUGCUGCUCCGCAAUCUGGGCGACGAGUUCAACAGCCAGCACACGAUCCUGCGCCUCCAGUCGGAGAACGAUUCCAAGAAGUACAACGCGUGUGUUUUGUUCACGCCGGGUAUUGAGGGUGUUGCCGGUAACGCGUGGCACAACAUUGCCGCCCAGCUUACGUUACCCACCUUCAUCACCCAGCUGACACACACAAUCGACAUGACGACGGUGGAGGAAAUCGGUCGCUUCCUGGCGCCGGAGCUGAUCGAGAACGUGUUCAAGGGUACUGAGCACUUCUACCUGGUCGGUUACUCGUUCGGUGCGUUCAUCACCCUCGAGCUGGCUCGUAUUCUCGAGGAGACGGGCAUGCGUGGUCAGAUCUUGCUCAUCGACGGUGCUCCCAAGUUCCUGCGUAAGCUCGCCAUCGACCAGAUGACGGAGAACUACACUGACGACAGCAUACAGGUGGUGCUUACAUCCGGCAUCGUGAACACAAUCUUCCCGGAGGAGAACACCGACGUACUGCCGCUGCUUGCGUCCUGCACCACGUUCGACGAACGCAUCGACAAGCUGCUCGAAUUGUCCAAGGAUCAGAACCUUUACUCCGAAGCGUACCUGCGCAUGAUGCCAAAGGCCCUGUUCAAUCGCAUCAAGAUCGCGCUGGAAACGGAUAUCGACAAUCCGAAACCGGUACAGUCGCCCAUUCUGCUGGUACGCCCAACCGAAGUGUCGGUGGUGGACAUUGAGGAGGACUAUGAUCUGUCCCGGUACACGGACGGCACGGUGAGUCUGAAAUUCGUCGAGGGCAACCACAUCACCAUGCUGGACAACCCGAAGCUCGUACAAAUCAUUGCCGAUUCCGAUCCAGUGCUCGAGUCCGAUCGCUGCUUCCAGAAGUACCUGCAGAGCAACUCCGUUGCGGAGUAAGGGCCAGCAGACCAUUUGUGGAUGCGAGUGUGUGUGUGUGUGGGUGCCACCCGCUCUUUUGGCACGUACAAGCUAGAUUAAGGGAAGCUGGGGAAGCCAUUUUGAAGGAUUAC